CAUCUUCAAGGCCUAUCAAGACUGAACACGUCUAUCUGAGCCAAAAAUCAUCGACUGAACAAGCAAUGACAUUGUUAAGAUCUAUACUGCUCUGCCUUAGCCUCCUAUACCGAUCGGGAUUGGGGGGCAGAGUAGCCCAAGAUGGAACAAAUGCAAAGCAGCCAAAUAUCAUCUUCAUCCUCACUGAUGACCAAGACCUCCACAUGGACUCGCUUUCUUACAUGCCUUAUCUGAAGAAACACAUCACCGAACAAGGUACAACUUUUGGCAGGCACUAUUGUACCGUAGCCCAAUGCUGUCCUUCUAGAGUUACUAUCUGGACUGGAAAGGCAGCACAUAACACCAAUGUCACAGAUGUGAAUCCUCCGUAUGGCGGCUGGCCCAAGUUUGUCUCCCAAGGUUUCAACUCCGCCUACCUCCCUAUCUGGCUUCAAGAGCUCGGCUACGCAACCUACUAUAUCGGAAAACUUUUCAACGCCCACAGCGUAGAGAACUACGCAUCACCGCGAGCAGCUGGCUGGACGGGCUCAGAAUUUCUUCUCAACCCUUAUACGUACGAAUACCUCAACGCGACCUUCGUUCGAAACCACGAUGGACAUCCGGUCUCCUACGAAGGACAGUACAGCACGGACGUGAUCUCAGAAAUGGCAUUGGGCUUUCUUGAUGAUGCACUGCACGAGUAUCAAGAAACAGACAAGCCAGUUUUCAUGACUAUUGCGCCAAAUGCACCACAUUCGAACGUGCAUAUGAACACCCUCAUUGACGGGAACUUCUCCGAAGGCUCGAAUACACAGUCUCCGCCUGUCGCGGCUGCACGCCAUGCGCAUCUUUUCGAAGACGUGGUCGUGCCCAGAACACCACAUUUCAACCCGGAAACCCCACACGGCGUCUCUUGGAUCGAAAGGCUACCGAGGCAGAAUCAGACGAAUGUGGAGUUCAACGAUCAUUUCUAUCGCCAAAGACUGAGAGCUUUGCAGGCGGUCGAUGAGAUGAUUGAUGCAGUCUUCAGAAAACUUGAUGAGGCUGGUGCUACUGAUGAGACUUACGUGUUCUUCUCUACGGAUAAUGGAUAUCAUAUCGGGCAGCAUCGACUUCAGCCUGGCAAGCAAUGCCCAUUUGAAGAGGAUGUUCACAUCCCUCUAAUCGUAAGAGGACCUGGAAUUCCGAAGAAUUGGAGCACAGAGAUCAUGACGACACAUACCGACCUUGCUCCAACCUUCGUGAAGCUAGCAGGCGGGGAGUUACAAGAAGAUUUUGAUGGGCAGGUCCUUCCCCUACAUGGACUGGGCGAAAGUGAUAUCCCCGGAGCAGAAGUUUCCCAGCAUCCUCAGGAUGAGUCCGGCACAUCGCUGACCGCAAGUGCUGAGGACUGGACAACAGAACACAUCAACAUCGAAGCCUGGGGCGUAAUAAUGUCCGAAGGCAACCACGGCUCUACCCUCUACCCCAACCACACUUACAAAGCCCUCCGCAUCAUUGGGAAAGGUUACAGCCUCUUGUACACAAUCUGGUGUAGCGGCGAACACGAACUCUACGAUUUAAUCCAAGACCCAUACGAGAUGGAAAAUCUUUACACCAGAAAUCAUUCCAACACAUUUGUCUCCCUUAGCGAUAUCUCCUCCGACCAGAACGAUUAUCAAAGUGACAUCUUCAUUUCGCCUAUGACUCUCGCUCAAGCACCUCUGCAUGAUAACGCCGCAGUUGCCUUGAGGGGGCAGUCGACGUUCUCAAUCAGCAAGCUGCUGGACCGUUUAGAUGCUCUCACCAUGUUGCUCAAAACCUGCAAAGGGAGAUCUUGUACACAUCCCUGGGAAGUGCUACAUCCUGCGCGAGAUGUGAAAAUUUUGAAAGAUGCGAUGAAUGGCAAGUACGAUAAAUUCUAUGCUCAGCAGCAGAAAGUGAAAUUCGAGAGGUGUGAGAAAGGAUAUAUCUUGGAGAGUGAAGGGCCGGUGUAUGGAGGGGAGAUUUGGACGUGAGCAAUGACGAGGGUCAAGAGAUCCUGAUGGCGGAAGGAGGCCGAAUGCCUUCGACCAAGGUCCGCUAGCAACAGCAUCGUUUUUCGAACCGGGCAUAAAGCAUUACAUCUUUCUGAACCUUAAGAAUCGGCACAGAUUGUCCUUCG